GUAGUGCAGGGAGGAGAGGAUCACACCGAACUCUCGCUCCACUGAUACAUUUCCUGCAACGUCUUAAUCCACCCCCCCAUUACCCCCCCUUUUUACUCUCAGAUGCCACUGCGAAGCUUGAGAGGAGGUGGAUGAUGAAAAUAUAAGGGGAGGUGGGUGGAAUCGGCGCAAGAUUGCGGAUUAUUUUUCUUCUUUUCGUAGAGAGGGAGGUGGAUUUGAGGGGGGGUUGUUUUUUAAGGAAGUACCGAGCGUUCGUUUACGGAGGGGGCGGGAAAAGAGCCCCACCAAAACUACUGGAUCAAUGAGAGAAGACUCAGAGGAUCCCCUGCUGACUUGAGAAAGAAGAGAGAGAGAGAGAGGCACACAGAUUACUGAGGAACUUAAAAAGGAAAAAAAAAUCUCUACCAGAAGGAACUCCAGGAACCAUGAGCAGUGCAGCAUUGCUGACUCACCUUCCAGACCCCAGUAGCAGCUUCAGAGAAGAUGCCCCACGCCCCCCUGUGCCAGGGGAAGAAGGAGAAACGCCAUGCCACCUGGUUGCCAAUUUGUUUGCUAUGAACAACCAAAGCUUCAAGGCCAUGUCAGUUUCUUCCACACCAAGGAGGAAUGAGGAUGGUCUUGGGGAGCCAGAAGGUAGUGCAUCUCCGGACUCUCCUCUAGCACGAUGGACCAAAUCCUUGCAUUCCUUAUUGGGAGAUCAAGAUGGUGCCUAUCUCUUCCGGACCUUUCUAGAAAGGGAAAAAUGUGUGGAUACUUUAGACUUCUGGUUUGCCUGCAAUGGCUUCAGGCAGAUGGACCUUAAGGAUACCAAAACAUUAAGAGUAGCCAAAGCUAUCUACAAAAGGUACAUUGAAAACAACAGCAUUGUCUCCAAGCAGCUCAAGCCUGCCACUAAGACCUACAUAAGGGAUAGUAUCAAGAAGCAGCAGAUCGAUUCUAUAAUGUUUGAUCAGGCACAGACUGAGAUUCAGACGGUGAUGGAGGAAAAUGCUUACCAGAUGUUUUUGACUUCUGAUGUAUACCUCGAAUAUGUAAGGAGUGGAGGAGAGAAUCCUGCUUACAUGAGCAGCAAUGGACUGGGGAGCUUAAAAGUGGACUGUGGCUAUCUCCCUACCUUGAAUGAAGAAGAGGAAUGGAGCUGUGCAGAUUUUAAAAACAAACUCUUGCCAUCCGUACUUGGGCUGUCCAGUAAGACACUGAGGGCUACAGCAAGUGUCCGAGCUACAGAAACGGUAGAGAAUGGGUUCAGAUCCUUCAAGAGAAAUGAUCCCAUUAACCCUUACCAUGUGAACUCCGGCUAUGUCUUUGCUCCUGCCACUAGUGCAAAUGAUAGUGAAAUAUCUAGUGAUGCUCUGACAGAUGACUCCAUGUCAAUGACGGACAGUAGUGUAGAUGGGAUCCCUCCUUACAGACACGGGAGCAAGAAGCAGCUCCAGAGGGAAAUGCAUCGUAGUGUCAAGGCCAACGGUCAAGUUUCUCUACCUCACUUUCCAAGAACCCACCGUCUUCCUAAGGAAAUGACCCCCGUGGAACCAGCUACUUUUGCAGCUGAACUCAUCUCUCGGUUGGAAAAGCUCAAGCGCGAGCAGGAGACCAUAGACUCUUUGGAAGAGAGGCUGCAGCAAAUCACAGAGGAUGAAGAGAAGGAGGGAUCGGACGUACCUGUCAGUGCACAGACCAGCCGAGAAGUUUCGACCAUACAGCACCAGCAGCACCCGCUCACUCUUUUACCAUCUGGCAGCUAUGAGGACGAUCCUCAGGCAAUUCUGGACGACCAUCUUUCCCGCGUGCUGAAGACCCCGGGGUGCCAGUCUCCUGGCAUGGGGCGACAUAGCCCUCGAGCACGCUCUCCGGACCACCUCCCGGGUGGCAAGUUGCUGCUGGCACCCGGUACGGCCUCCAUCCCUACCACCUGUGCCCUCGUCGGCAAAGGAUUUGUCACCAAGCAGACCACCAAGCAUGUUCACCACCACUACAUCCACCACCACACCAUUCCCAAGACGAAAGAGCAGAUUGAAGCCGAGGCAGCCCAGCGGGUCCAGUGCUUGUGUGCUGGGGGCAGCGACUACUAUUGCUACUCCAAGUGCAAGGGACACGCAAAGGGGGCAGACCUCCCGGUGGCUCAGCUAGAGCCAUUUAGCCUCGGCAGAACCGGGACGCUACCAAAAAGGAACUGUAAGCUGGCAGAUGGCGUCGUCCUGCCAGGUGGAGAAGGAGGAGGGAUCUCCAUCCCACCAGGGAUCCAGCUACCUGGAGGGGAGGCGGACCGUUCUCAGAAUGUCUGGCAAUGGAUGCUGGAGAGUGAAAGACAAUCUAAGCACAAGCCCCAUAGCGCACAGAGCACAAAGAAGGCCUACAACUCAGAGUCCACCAGAGGCGUGUCUGGGGAGCGCCCGGCUCGUCACCACCUGUGGGGGAACAGCAGCCAUCCACGUGGCGCUCAGCCUGCCCACCCUUUUGUCCAGGAUCCUGCCAUGCCCCCGCUGACCCCGCCUAACACCCUGGCCCAGUUGGAGGAAGCGUGUCGCAGGCUGGCAGAAGUGUCCAAGCCGCAGAAACAACGAUGUUCAACUUCAAGUCAGCCGAGAGAUCGCACCCACUUGACUUCUGUACCAGGAGGAAAUGGUCCUUUUUGCAAUGCAAGUGUAGCAACAGAAGAUCAUAAAGAGCCAAAGAAACUCGCUGUUGCUCACUCCUCCCAGCCUAGUGAGUUGGUUGUCACUUAUUUUUUCUGUGGAGAAGAAAUUCCCUACAGGAGGAUGUUAAAGGCCCAGAGCCUGACACUUGGGCACUUUAAAGAGCAACUGAGCAAAAAGGGAAAUUAUAGGUAUUACUUCAAAAAAGCAAGUGAUGAGUUUGACUGUGGUGCAGUUUUUGAAGAAAUCUGGGAUGACGACGCCAUUCUGCCAAUGUACGAAGGAAGGAUCCUUGGAAAAGUUGAGAGGAUUGACUGACUGACCAGCUGGCAUUGUCUGUGAGUGUGUUUGAGGAGACAUAAGCUAAAGAUGCCGGCUUUGGACACAACCACCAAACAAAGCUCUUGAAGGAAGGUUUGAACCAAUGAAGAAAAAGCAACAAAAAUAAAUUGAGGUCUAUGAAGACUUUGCCAAAUCAGCCUUAGCAAUUAAAACAAAAAAACAAAACAGAAACACACACGAUGUCUGUUGAGCUGGAUACUAAGAUGUUAACAACCCUGAACUAUUUAUUAAGAACAUGACCACUCUGGGUUAUUGAAGAUGCAGACCAUGUUUUGAAAGACUUCCGAAUAUAAUAUAUGGCUUCCUGGGGAUCCCAUACCUAUGGACUAAGAGAAACUCUGUAUAGCUUAACUUACAGUAACCCUUAUUGAUAUUUAUUGAACAGUCUGUUUUUCCCUUAAGUCCAGUUGAUGGACAUGCUGCUUUAUACAAUGGAGAAAGGGGGAUAUGAUGUAGAGAAAAGGGGUGGUUUUAUAUUUUAUUUUUUACGUUGUUUCCACUAUCUAUUUUUUUUAAAUCGCAUUUAUUUCUGCCACCUUAAAAAACAAACUGGAAUUAUGUUGUACCCAACAUUUCUCCAGUUGUUUUAUUUCUUGGGGUGGGGGAGAAAGAGGGAGAUUGAAUAUCGUCCUACACAUUUACUUUCAGAGAGUAGUGCAUUUUGAUCGAUGCUGCUCUGAUUCUAAGUCCUGGUGCAGACGUAACAUUCUCACUUGCUGAGCUGCCAUUAGGAGAAUGGGAGCAUCCCACAGAUAUUUGCACUCUUCUCCUGCCCUCCUCUUCCUGCCUUCCUGCCUUCCUUUUGGACCUAACCAUGGUGUAGAGUUAUGUCUGUACUGAUAGUAAUACGAACUGUGGUUAACUUGAACAGGGUUAGCAAACUGCUUCUAAUCACAGUUGCAAAUACUGAUUUGAACCAUGGUUUCUGUUAGUUGAUGCUACCUCUUGCUUAGCUCCAGAAAGGGAGGGGAGGUGAUUGUCCAACUAUGGAACAAGAGAUUGGGAAUGUUGCAUGUGCACCAGACCUAUGAGUGUUCUUGUGGAUUUAAGAAAACAGCCACAAAGGGUAAUAAUAGUAAUAUGAUCUUGUCAGUCAAUUUCUGUGGUAAGAAUAUACACUUGCCUGUAUCCCUUUCUCCCAGUAUGUCAGUAUGUAUUGUUUCCAGCGCCUGUCUUUAGUAAGCCAGCCAAUCGCUAGUCCCAAGCACAGAAUUAUAUAGUUUAUAGGGACCCAAUGGAUCAUACUGUCUAGUCCAGUUUCUUGAUAUCACAAGCAUAGGAGGAAAAACGGUACAUGAAACUAUCCGGUUCACAUUAAUAAACAUAUAGCCAGAUGUUUUGUUUUUGUUAAAAAAAAUUGUUCUUCACCAAAAUUGACUAUACUUUUUUUUUAAUGUCACUCUUUCAAUAGUGGCACUUUUUGUAUUGCAAUUAUAGUUAAUAGGGCCAAACUGUCCAAAUAUGUGGUGCCCCGUCUUAGCUGUAAUGGUCAUUGGAGUGAAUGGAAGUGCCCUGUCUGCGCAACGGUGGAUGUCCUGGCUUCAUCUUUCUAUGUGAAAUUCGGGCUUCCCUCAAGAGCUCCAGCAGGGCCAGAAUAUCAUUUUUGGUGCAUUCUCGUUAGGCAGGUGUGUGUGUGUGUGUGUUGUGAUAAACAAAAAGCAGUCAUGGUACCAGACAAAUCAGUGUGUGAAAACAUCACAGGUUUCCAGUCUGCCUUGAGUCAAGGAAGCCAUUUUAGUUCCUUCAUUGAGCAGGGUCGCUGUGGCUGCGGAAUGGAGCAGUUUGGGCCUCUGCUCCUCAAGCUCUCCCACACACUAAAACCUCACUGACUGGAAUAUGGUUGAAAUGUGUAGAAUGCUUGGUUGUGCUGUAAAAGGAUCACACAUACUCUCUAAUCUGACUGUACCAUGUUUGUGUGUAUGGGGAGAAAACAACAUGCCCUGCCCACCCUGGAAACACAUUUAAUUUCUACUUUUAAUUGUUGCAUUCUAUGCCAAUGUUACAUGGCUUUUGUAUAAAAUGACUGUAUAUAGUGUAGAGAAAAAUGUGGUGGAAAAAUACUAUUAAUACACUAUCUCUAGUGUGUGUUUUUAAGAAAAACACUUCAAUCAGUACAGUACCUGUGCCUACAUGGUGUUACUAUGCCAUGUUUCACCCUGUGUUCAGGGUCCAAACUCUCCCUUGCUUGUUUAAGGGGUUUAUGUAUAAUAUAUUUUAUGCCUUUUUACUACAAGUCUUGUACUUUAUGACUUUUGCCAUGACAUUUGUUCUACUUAUACUGUAAAUUAUGCAUUAUAAAGAGUUUCAUUUAAAGAAAAAAAUACUUGGUACAAUAAUUAUUGUAAUUAAGAGAU